AUGGGUCUGCACGCAGGCUGGGUUACCAAGCUCUCCGUCCCUCCCAAUGUGCGUACUGCAACGCACGCUAACAUCCCGAGCACUGCACCGGGAUCUAGCCGAACGCAUGCCAAGUCCGCCGUAGCCGGAGCGCGCAAGCCUCCGCCCCAGUCUGUGCCUGCGCGCAAGCCUGCACAGACACCCGUUACUCCUCCACCCACGGCAGCAGCGAAGGGCAAACGCAGGGAAGUUCCCGAGCCUUCUUCCUCGCCUGAGCCAGUAGCACCGCCAUCGAAGUGUCCACGCGUCGAAGAUGCUGUUGACGAAGACGCCGAGGUCCCGGGUCAGCAUCCUGUCGAGGAACUCCCAGAUGACGUUGAGAAGCAACAACGGAUCGACAAAGGGUACGAAGACUAUUACCAGGACAUACAUAUGAUACGCCGUGCCUUGGGCAAGCAUGUGUCGAUCGAAUCGGCAUUCACGCUUGGUGCCGAGAUCGCUGCCUCCCCCGAGCAGAUGGCCAAGCUCCAACCGGGAGUUAAGUAUUCUCGAGAAUGUCAGCUCGUAGAUGCCUGGGAAACAUUGCAGGCUAUGCAGCCUGCCCUCGUUGAAUGCGAGGAUUACUUCCAGGAGCAUCCUGACGAAGUAGGAAAACUUCUCACAUACAUGGACGCAGUUGCGACGCGCACCCGCAGCGAAGAUCUAGCCCGCCUACGAGACAGCGUGAUCGAGUAUUCUAACCCACCCAAGGGUGUCAUGGCCAAACUCUCAGCCAAGACCGCGCGGGGAUUCAAGCACCCACACACAGCAUGCCUGCUAUUUCCUAUAUCCAAGAUAGACCUGUAUGACAAGGACCCCAAAAUAUACCGUCUCCGUGUUGUCAAUGGAGACACGACAUUGCCCAUUGUCACCAAGGAUUGGCCAUUAUUCUUGUAUGAUGAAGAUCUGUACGAGGUCGGGCACAUGAAGGCCGGGCUCCUCCGGAGUCUCCUGCUAGUCAUGUGCUACAAACACGUAUACACAGGCCGUUCAAGUGCACACCGACAGGUCGAGCUCUAUGCAACAUUCAAAGGCAAGCCAUCGUUAGCGCGGAAGUACAAACUCAGCGACGUAACUCCGGAGUCGAUCAUCUACGUCGCUGUCCUCGUGCGUCCUUCAUCCCUUUCCGCUGCACCUUUUAACAAUAUGGCGGUCAUAGAUGCGAUCCGCACUGAGCUCGUGCACUAUAUGUACCCGAUCUGGGCUGACAACACGCUCAAGUGGUGGAGGCUGCAGGUCUACGGCAAUGUCGAUGAGAAUGGCGACUGUGCGGGUGACCUCAUCGACCUCGAAGGCGAUGAUUCGGAGUACGAGGACCCCCACAUGCGCAAGCCUGUUGCCGACGACUUUCAAGAGGGUUCGAGCAAGGACGGCGCACGGCGUCAACCCAACGACGACGACUAG